GUUUUAUCGUUAUCGGUUGAGAGGCUCGCCUCGUGAGUACGUUAUUACAGUGGCGUAAUUUGGGGUAACAAGGUCCUCUUUGAGUAGUCCAAACAAUCAUAUUUGACAGACUUGAUGUAACUUAACCCUUUGGUAUUUAGGUUUCUGCCUACGCGGUUGGUUCGGUAUAAAAAAAGCAAGUUAAUAGUGUACGAGUGAUCAUCAGACUUGAGAAAUAUGAUUUCGGAGGGACAACAAAGAAUAUAAGUGCGGGAAUUUCCUGGUAUCGUCGGUUUCCUAUGUUGGGGCGUCAUGGUGCAAAGAUCUUGGCGAGUACUUUCGCCUUUGACUCGCAGUCAUAUUUAAAUCUUCCAUGCAGUUUUGCAAAGCUGAAUACAAUCAAAAACAAUAAAGAAUAUCAUUAUCGGAAUUUUCCAUAUUUUGAAUGCACCCGGUAGACACUUAAUUUAAAUAUAGCACUACGGUUGAAACGAUACGUUUUAUUAUAGAAAUAAUUUGUGAUAACAUGUUGAAAUAUAUUAUUGGCAUUAGAAAUUUUUCUCAACAAAAUACGUAAUAUACAUGUAUCUGCAUAGUUUUAUCGUUAUCGGUUGGGAGGCUCGCCUCGUGAGUACGUUAUUAAGUUACAGUGACGUAAUUUGGGGUAACAAGUAGUCUAAAGAAUCAUAUUUGACAGAAUUGAUGUAACUUAAACCUUUGCGGGCAGCGUAAACUUUUUAUUGAGAAAUCGUACAUUUUGUAUUAUAGUUUUGUUGAAUCAGAACUAGUGAGUACGAAUGACCCUUCAUAAUUAUGACAUAGAUACAGUAUUACCAGCAUCACACAUCAGCCGGUCAUCGCCCGCUCAGCUGUCACUUUCGCGCUAAAAUUUAGCAUUCUUGCAUCAAUUUCAUUAUCCCGACUUUCAGCUUAGUAAUUUGACCCAUUCAAAAAAUAAAGUGGGGGAACUUUUUUGCAAACCACUGUGAAAUUUACACCAUACGAUUGCUAUUUGCCUGUUGGGCAGACGCUAAUGCAACACAAAAGGCGCGAUGCGUAUAAUAUCCAUAUAACAUUUCAAAAAUAAUGAUCAUGAUGCUCGUCGCAGUAUGCAAACAUCAAUUUAUUUAUUUUACUUUGUUACAGAAUUGAAAAAACCUAUGGCCGAGAAACAAACCCAAUUUUCAUUAGUGCCAAAAAUCGUCAAUGGAGGUAUUGCAGGAAUUAUCGGAGUCACAUGUGUCUUCCCACUUGAUCUUGUCAAGACCAGAUUACAGAACCAACAAGUUGGGCCAAAUGGCGAGAAAAUGUACAACAGCAUGGUGGAUGCGUUCAAGAAAACUCAUAAGGCGGAAGGAUUUUUAGGAAUGUAUAGAGGGUCAGCUGUCAACAUAUUGCUAAUAACACCAGAAAAGGCGAUCAAAUUAGCGGCAAAUGAUUUUUUUAGGUAUCAUCUCCAAACAAAAGAAAAGACGCUUCCAAUGUACCGGCAGAUGUUGGCUGGAGGUUUAGCUGGCUUAUGUCAGAUAGUUGUUACGACACCUAUGGAAUUAUUAAAAAUUCAGAUGCAAGAUGCUGGUAGAGUAGCAGCACAAGCACUUUUAGUUGGUAAAACUGUCCAGAAAACAUCUGCAACUGAGCUGGCUUUGGGUCUGCUGAAACAGCAUGGAAUUUUAGGACUCUACAAAGGAACAGGAGCUACAAUGUUGAGGGACGUCUCAUUUUCUGUGAUAUACUUUCCUUUGUUCGCCACUUUGAACAACUUAGGGCCUAGGAAAUCUGAUGGUUCAGGUGAAGCAGUAUUCUGGUGUUCCUUCCUUUCAGGAUGCACAGCAGGUUCUUUUGCAGCAUUAGCAGUGAACCCAUUCGACGUAAUCAAAACAAGGCUACAAGCUUUGACAAAAGCCGAAGGAGAAAGGUCUUAUUCUGGAAUUGGAAAUGCAUUUAUAAACAUCCUCCGAUAUGAAGGCCCCACGGCAUUCUUCAAAGGUGGUGCUUGUCGUAUGAUCGUCAUAGCUCCACUGUUCGGCAUAGCACAAACCGUGUACUAUCUAGGCGUUGCUGAAAAGCUACUGGGCUACAAAAAAAGCUAAACGAUACGCUUAUAUCAAUAGAUGUUUUUUGAUUUUAAGCAAUUUGGAGUAAUAAGAACGCAUUAUCUUUGAGUUAACACUAUGAAAUGAAGAGAGAGCAGAAAAACGUUUAUUUGUAUAGAAUAAGUUCCUAAAAGGUAUUCAUCGUUUGUUCGUGUCAAACACGCAUAGUUUUAGUUUAUUACUAUCGAUUUUGCAGAUUCUGCUUUAUUUUUAUAUCAAAUCAAAAAAAUACAUUAUAUCAAACCCGCUCUUUACACUAUACUAUAUAGAAUCAUAAACGCUGCUUUGCUUACAGAUAUUUUGACAUUCUCUGACACUUGACAAAAUGUCGAUCGUGUCUGCCAGAAGUGUUAAAUGCCAUUUUAAUCCAUCCUUGGAUGCAGUUUAUUAUGAAGCCAAACGAUGAAUUUCGAGAAGUGCAUGAUUUGUAUUGUUUAUGAUUUAGUUCGUUGUAGAACUAAUAUUUUUGUGGAGUAUCCUAUGGUGAAAUAACAAUGUAUAAAAGGGUUUGUAAGAUGAAACGUAUCAAUACAAAUGCUAUUCUGUACAUAAUAUCUUUCAACGUGUGCAGUUACAUCCGUACGAUGAUAUAUCCACUGAAUGAUGUGUUAAGAAAUCAGUUUUAUUUGCUCUCUUAUACAAGUUCUUCGCACUAUUCGACUUCAAGUCUCGUUGCUUAGCAGUUAUUUAAGGACUAUGGACCGAAUCAAAACUAAUCCAUUUUAAUUUGUGAUAUGCAGUUGUUAGCUUGGACUUUUCCAGUAUUAUACUUUUAAUUUACUUUUUGUUAUUUUAUUUUCGUAUACAUGUUUUUGUAGCAAUAAUUUUAUUUUCUGUGAGCUUUUUCCUCUCUUUAUAAAAGUUAGCUAUUUAUUAGUAGGAAACUCUCUAUAGACAAUAAAGCGAAGCGCUUAAAUCAGUCAUGCCAUUAUUUUUAUAAUUUUUGCAAUAUUUUUCGGAAAAUUGAAAUUAUCUUUAUAGCUUGAUAUUUGCUUGUGUUAGUGAUCAAUUAUUUCAAGUUGAAUCAUCAAUAUUUUAUGUUAUGUAUUGCAGAUAGCAUUGCGUGGAGGGUAAUUAAAUCUUUUCAUGAAUUCGGGAAAACUAAAAAAAAAUCAACGAAAUCAAUCAUAUUUUCAUAGUUUUACACCUGAUUAUUAAAACAGACCAUAGUAUAUCAUUUAGUAUACGUAUGCUAUCUGGAGUAUGUAUGUCUAAUUUUUUUAACUCACAUUAGUCAUAUUAGACGACCAGGGUCUCAUUUUGUUACUCUUCAAUUUUAGUGGAAUGUUUGAUAUGUUAAAUUAAAAUAGAUUUUUCUCUCUUGAUGUGCCGAUAAAGUACACGUUAAGGUACAAGACUCGGCUUAUUUUUAUUUAAUUAGAUCACAAUUAUAUUCGAAUUUAGUUGAAUAUGACACAUAGUAUUUUAUAGCACACCAACCAUUCCUCUAAUAUAUUUUCCCGUAUGAACAAAUGUUAAUUGUAUUUUUGUCAAUUAUAGAUUGUACAGUAAAAUGCGUGAAAAUGAAAAUUUACAUGUAAACUAAAAGAUGCUGUUAUUAAAUGUCUCAUCAAUAAAUGUGAAAACUGUUA